UUGUUGUCCACCAGGACCCCCAGGUCCCUCUGGGCAGAGCUGCUUUGACCCAUAGCGGUCUCUGCUGGGUGUGGGUCUCAUGUCCCACCUUACGCCAAGGGCAAAGAUGAUGUUCCAGGGGUCAGGAGGGGCAGAAAUUUCUUCUGCCAGCCAGGAAGGCCUCAGUCUGCAGCGACUGGUACAUUCAAACCCUUAGGGGGGACUCAAGAGAUGUCCGAGUCCUCCCAAACAACUCUACAGAUGCUGUCCUGAAGGGUGCUGAGGGCCUCCCCAAGCCCCAGCCAGGUCCUGGGGGGGCUCCCCAAGCCCCGGCCAGGUCCCAGGAGGGUCUCACCAAUUCUGGCCAGGUCCUUGGGGGCCUCCCCAAGCUCUGGCCAGGUCCCGAGGGGGCUCCCCAAGUCCUAGCCAGGUCCCAUCCCUCCUGAUAUCUCAGAACCAUUUUCAGCCAGUGGUUGCCUCCCACCCCAGCUCCACCACAACCCCUCUUCGGUGCUAGUAGGGUGUAAAACUCCUGUUCUAGCUGUUGUUGAGUCACCAAAUCCACAGGUCUCCUCUGAUUCAAAGGACAGGCUUUGAAGACUGGAAAAUCCCAGUGCCUUCAGGAAGGGGUGGAAACGGGGCGGGCAUCUCCCAUUCUCUUCCUCCCGAGCUGUCUCUCUGCUACCGCCCAGCACCAGCAGAGCCACGGAGGGAAAUCUGCUGCCCAAAGCCCUGCUAGAAAGGGGCUGGAUCUCGGCUUAACCAAUGGCUUAGAAUCAGGAAGAGCCAUCCCCUUCCUGAUCAUUUGAAAGUGAAACAAGCUCGGGUCGCACACCAUGGCGGCCAAGAAAUCUGUGGGAAGACUCCAGGAUGAAGUCUCCUGCUCCAUCUGCCUGGAACUUUUCCAGGACCCCGUGUCCAUCCACUGCGGGCACAGCUUUUGCCGGGCGUGCAUCACUCGGAACUGGGAAGGACGGACCACCAACUUCUCCUGUCCCCGGUGCAGGGAGACCGACCCCCAAAAGAGCCUCCGACCCAACUGGGAGUUGGCCAACAUCACUGAAGCAGCCAAGAACUUGAAUCUGCACCUGGGCAGAGAGGUGGGAGGAGGGGAGAACCUGUGCGAGGAGCACCAGGAAGCCCUGAAGCUCUUCUGCGAAGACGAGAAGAAGCUCAUCUGCAUAGUGUGUGAGAAGUACAAGGUUCACCGGAGACAUUCGGUGAUUCCCAUAGAUGAGGCUGCCCAGGAGUACAAGGGACAAAUUAAGACCCAGCUGCGGCGCCUGAAAUCGGAGCAAGAGGAGCUCCUAUCUUCCGUGAAGGACAGAGAAUGCAAAAUCCAGGACUACACUAAGAGGACAGAAGCUGAAAAGCAGAAGCUUGUGACCAUGUAUAAGGAGCUGCACAAGUUCCUGGAGGACCAGGAGGCCUUGUUGCUGGCCCAGCAGGAGCAGGUGGACACAGAGAUCAUCAACGCGCACAAAGAAAUCCUCACCGAGCUUUUGAAGGAGACCACGAGCCUGGCCACAUUGAUUGGGGAGAUGGAGAGCAUAUGCCAGCAGCCAGGCUGUGAAUUCCUGAAGGACAUCAGAACCAUGCUGAGCAGGUGCAAGAGGAGAAAGUUCCCACAGUGGUUCGAUAUCCCUUCUAAGUUGGAAGAGAAGUUCCAUGACUAUACAACAAAAGCCGCAGACAUCCAGAAGGUGAUGGAGUCAUUUCAAGGUUCAAUGGCGUUCAAGCUUCCUUUAACACCACAGCUGACACUAGACCCGAAGACGGCCAAUGCUCAGCUAAAGCUCUCGGAAGACUGCACAGCCAUGAGCUGGCGAAGGUUUGGGCAGGACCUGCCCUCCAACCCAGAGAGGUUCGAAGGCCACCCCUGCGUGUUGAGCUCAAUGGGCUUCACAUCGGGUUGGCACUCCUGGGAGGUGGAGAUCUGUGGACUGGGCGUAAGCGCCAUUGGGGUGGUCAAGGCUUCAGUGCAGAGGGAGCGUCGCUUUCCCCUGGAGCCUGAGGCGGGGGUAUGGGCACUGUGUCACAACGGACAGGAGUACAUCGCUAUGACCUCUCCUGACGUCACCCCGUUGACCCUACCCAGUGUUCCCAAGCGGAUACGAAUCUGCUUGGACUGUCAAGAAGGGAACGUGCUGUUUCUUGAUGCUGGGAGCAAAGCACAGAUCUUUGCUUUUCCGCGGGCGGCUUUCAAGGGGGAGACCAUCUACCCAUGGUUCCUGGUGAGGGAGGGUGCUUGCCUCAAACUUUUUCCCCCGGGCAUGUGAAAAAAAAAAUAAAAUAAACCCAAACCCGCCAUCUACUCCCCCCUGGGGAACAAACCAGGGGCUGGGCUUUGUCCUGAUUCCACCAAAAGCCUCUGUGGCUCCACAGGCUACAAGAAAUGUGCGCUAUGCAAAGCAUCGUGUGGAGCAGGAGCUCUGCAAAGCUGCACGGCCCCGAGCUGUGAUGACCCUCCUGAAACUCCUGCCCUGGACUGGAGGGUCUGGACAGCCUUAGACCCAUCGCUCCAUCCGCAGCCUGAGAAGGAGCCAUUGGAUAGAGGGGAAUUAGUGGGACCAGAGAGACCCUGUGCCAGGGACAACCUAGAAAAGGAAUUGAGGGAAGGGGGAUUCCCAACCUCGAUGAUUAUUGAGGGUAGUGGUCAAUGGCUCGAUGUCCGGAUGGAGACUGGUGACCAGUGGUGUCCCUCAGGGGUCCAUACUGGGACCGAUGCUGUUUAAUAUCAUCAUCAAUGACUUAGAGAGUGAGAUCGAGUGCACCCUCAGCCAGUUUGCAGGUGACACCAAGCAGAGUGGUGCAGUUGACAUGCCAGAAGGACA